AUGAGCAUCUGGGAGGUGAUCCUGGCUUUUGUGGUGGUGGUGCUGAUGCUCGUGGCCCUGCUGGCCAAUGUGCUGGUGCUGAUGUGCUUCCUGUACAGCGCUGACAUCCGCAAGCAGGUCCCGGGAUUGUUCAUCCUCAACCUCACCUUCUGCAACCUGUUGAUGACUGUUUCGAACAUGCCCCUGACCUUGGCUGGGAUCAUUUACAAGAGUCAACCAGGAGGAGAUCAGAUCUGCCACAUUGUGGGCUUCCUGGAGACUUUUCUCACCACGAACUCCAUGUUGAGCAUGGCAGCUUUGAGCAUUGACAGGUGGAUUGCUGUGGUCUUCCCUCUAAGUUAUCACUCCAAAAUGAGGUACAGAGAUGCUGCUCUCAUACUGAGCUACACGUGGUUACACUCGGUGUCGUUCCCGAUAGUGGCAGCUUCUCUCUCCUGGGUGGGUUUCCAUCACCUCUAUGCCUCCUGCACCCUGUACAACAAGAGACCAGAGGACAGGACACAGUUUGUGAUUUUCACUGGGGUCUUUCACGCCCUCAGCUUCCUCCUUUCCCUUAUAGUCCUGUGUUUCACGUAUCUAAAAGUGCUGAAGGUGGCACGGUUUCACUGUAAGCGGAUUGACGUGAUCACUAUGCAGACCCUGGUACUGCUUGUGGACAUCCAUCCCAGCGUAAGAGAGCGUUGUCUAGAAGAACAAAAGAGACGGAGGCAGCGAGCAACAAAGAAAAUAAGUACCUUUAUUGGUACUUUUAUACUUUGUUUUGCACCUUAUGUAAUUACAAGACUUGUUGAAUUAUCCUCUGUGGUCCACAUCAGUUCCCACUGGGGGAUCAUUUCCAAGUGCUUAGCUUACAGCAAAGUUGUUUCAGACCCUUUUGUGUACUCUUUGCUACGGCAUCAGUACAAGAAGACAUGGAAAGACAUCAUAAACAAGAUCCUCAAAAGAAGCUCCAUCAAUUCCUCUGCCCUCACAAGCGAAUUGCACAAUCAGAAUAUAUUGCAGCUGAACGAAUGA